AUGCCUUCGAAUUCCAUACAAGUGAAGAGCUCACCUUCGAGUCCAAGAAGCAACGGACCUAAGGGCUGCUCUGGAAUGGACUCGUGCAAUUAUCUCGGAGGACCUUUUCGGCGAGACCUACGCCAACCUCCACGUUCAUGCUCUUUGACGCGGGUUUUACGACGUCCUGUUUCGAGCCGGCCUUAUUCCCGGCGUCGACGUCCUGUGGUAUCGAAUCGAAAGGAGGCUGGGGCCGUCGAUGGGACUUUUCCUCGUGAGUUGGGGGUAACGCACUCGAGCAAUGUGCCGGUCCUGGCAGACCAAGAGAACACGCUGCUCAGUGGCUGGAAUCAAGGCUUCCCGGCCUUCAUCAAGGGCGACAAA